ACUCAUACCCAUAGUCAUUAUAUGUCCCCGAACUCUGCGCCUUUUUGUUGUAGAGGCUGCCGUCUUGCUCGGUUACGAGCAAAGAGAGGAGCGGUGCUGCAACAGAGCCGAUGAAGAUGGGCUCCAAACUGAAGCUGGCAAGGAAUGGCAACCAGUCGCGAAGAUUGAGACUCGUGAUGCUCCUCGUCGGAUGCUUCCUGGUCACGAUGACCUAUUUGGUGGCGUCUAAGCCUCGGGGACUUGUUCGCUCGAGCUUCGGUUUUAGGACAUCGAUGCCGACUCCAUUAUCAGGUGACGAUGUGUUGAAUGGAGAUGAGAACGGAAGGCAUUCCACUGCUUCGGGACGGAAAGAUCCACAAAACUCUCAGGCAUCAGAAAGCAAUGAUGAGAAAGAGAAGAGUAUCCAAGGAGAAAAGAAUGCCAUCGUUGUUGACUCCACUUCGCAGGAAGUAGCAAGAACUGAUGAACUAACAGAAGGAGGUGAGCAAAUCCAAACUCUGGAGAGGAAGUCAUCAUGUGAUCUUUCAGACGAACGAGUAGAUAUCUGUGAAUUGUAUGGAGAUAUCAGGAUUCCCGGGAACUCUUCGUCUGUCCUGUUCAUGGAGUCAUCCAACAACACUGAGCACAAAGAAGCAUGGCGAGUCCAUCCAUAUCCUCGCAAAGGAGAUGAGACCUGUCUCCGCGAGGUUAGAGAACUCACCAUCAGAGCCACCAGCGAAGCCCCUCGAUGCACCGUCCACCACAAUGUUUCCGCCAUAGUCUUCUCCGUUAGCGGGUACACCGGGAACCUCUUCCACGACUUCAGCGACCUGCUUAUUCCUCUAUUCGUGACCGCCCGCCAGUUCGACGGGGAGGUCCAGUUCGUGGUGACCGACUUCCGGCGCUGGUGGAUCAACAAGUACCGUCUUGUGCUCCAGAGGCUGUCCAAGUACCCGGUGAUGGACUUCGACGGCGACGAGGAAGUGCACUGCUUCAAGCAGGUCAUCGUAGGCCUUCGGGCGCACCAGGAGUUCCAAAUCGACCCGGCGAGAGCUCCCAAUGGCUACACCUUGAUCGACUUCACCAGAUUUAUAAGGAGCACCUACUCGUUGCAGCGAGAAACGGUGAACAACAUCGAAGACCUCGCUGCGAGGAAGCCAAGGCUGCUGAUCAUCGCGCGGAAGAAAACGCGAGCGUUCACCAACGUCGGCGAGAUAGUGGCGAUGGCGGAGGGGUUGGGUUUCGAGGUGGUGGUCGACGAAGCAAAUGUGUCAUCCGACAUGGCUCAGUUCGCGCGGACCGUCAACUCCUGCGACGUGAUGAUGGGGGUGCACGGCGCUGGCCUCACCAACUUUGUGUUCCUGCCGCUGAACGCCACCAUGAUUCAGAUUGUUCCGUGGGGUGGGCUGGAGUGGAUGUCGAUGCUGGAUUUUGGGUACCCUGCGAUGGCCAUGGGGCUCAAGUACCUGCAGCACAGCAUUACCAUAGAAGAGAGCACUCUGACGGAGCAGUAUCCAAGAGACCACCGUGUGUUCACGGACCCUAUGUCGUUCCACGGCAGCGAGUUCAAAGUCGUAAGGUCGACGUUCAUGAAGACCCAGAACGUGAAGCUCGAUGUGAACAGGUUCAAGGGUGUUCUGUGGGAAGCACUGGAGAAGAUGAUCCAGUAGCAGAGGGAGGCGGCAUUUCUUCUCUCGAUUCUUUCUGCCAUCGGUCGGUCAGUCUACUUCAGAACAAAUUAGAUGUAGUUUUGAGUUAGCUACAAAUCGUAGCGAACGUCACUCUUCUCAGGGUGAUGCCUCUGUUCACUUGUGUGAAGUUUGCACGAUACAUACCAUGUGUUCGACCAAAUUACCGACAAUCUUGGACUCCGUUAUUGUUCUAUAGCUCUUUCAUUCGAGCAAUAA